CCUUCGCUUUUAAUUUCCUUCAUUCUACCAAUUCCAAAAUCUAAAUGCGUGGGAUAAUUCCUUUGAAAAUUAUUCAAGUGUGAUUAUUUAAAUUAUUAAACUAAAAAUUCAGAGUUUAUCACAGGUCAUGCGACUGUUGCAGAAUUGUUUCUCCACUGUAAUUGCAGCUCUACUUGGAUAAUAUUUCUUGGGACUUACGCUCCUCUGUUAUUAAACUGUCAAUAUUACUCUAGAAAAUGAUCCUGUUAGUUAUGAUCGUGAGUAAAUUCUCCCAAUAAUUAUAAGGAUUAAAAAAUUCAUCGGAAUUCUGGCAAAUUACUAAUUAUUAGAGGUGUCAGGUCCAAGGCCACAAUAUAAUUGAAGAGUAAUCAGAAUCUACCGGAUGUGACUCAUUGGAUAAACACAAUGUUUAAAUCAUAAAUAAUUAUCAUAAGUAAAUGAUUUAUUUGUAAGAAAUUAGUUCUCUCGUCUCAUUGCACUCCACUCGAUGCCUCAGGUUACAUAUUUUUAUCAUCUGAAAAAUGUGUUUACUGCAUGUGUCCUUGUAAAUAAUCAUGUAUAUAGAGAAAGAAACAUGAGAUAUUUACGGAAUUUAUGACAUUUCAGAGAUUAAUUGACCUGGAAAAUACUAAAACGCAAUAAAUGAAUCUUACUCCGUUAAAGACCGGAUUAUCUCAGCCCUGAGUGGAUUUAAGCGAAACCUAAAGAAAUACUUCUUUUUCGAGAAUUUAAUUCCCGACGUAGAAGUUCUUAUCACAUUUUCUCACAAACUGUCUCGUUACCGAGAUAAUUGCGAACUAUGAACUCGAAAGUGCACCAAUUUUUUUUCUUAUCAUUUCUCUAAAUUUUUUACAUGAAUUCCCAGGAAUUCCAUUAGAAUAAAUUUUCCGGUGAAUUUUGAAUUCUGCGCGGACUUCAUUUAUAAUUGAGCCAUUGAAUCGUCAUUUUCCGGAUAAAAAAACCCGACAUACCGUUAUGCGGGAGAGAUAAUUAGUUUGACUGUCGGCGAAUUCCUUUCACUGUGUGGGGAAUUCCAUUGAGCUAUCUAGGAUUUGGCCGUCAAAUAAUCUACGCCCACUACACGUUUGUAACAACAUCUCCCUUCACACCAGAAAUCAUCAAUUAAUCAUCAUCAACAGUGAAUUGAAGAGCAAUGGAGAAGUCUCUCGGAAAAUUGUUAUUUGUCUGUUGGAUUUUGCUGUUGAAUUCGCUGAUACAUUCCCAAGAUAUCGUCUUCCCCGUUGACGAGGAUCACACGCAUCUAGGAGGAAGCAAGGGGCCUCUGAUGGAGAGAAUUCCAGUGUACAUCCCAGGUCGAUGCCCCGAGAACAUGUACUUGUAUCCGGGCAGUGGAAAUAAAAGCACGUGGAUCUGCGAUUGUAAACCAGGAUAUCUAUAUUUUCCCCUGAAUGGUACCUGUCACGCUGCCUUCAGGAAAGGUCCCUGCAACCAGGGGGAAUACGCGAUACUCUGGAAAAACGAGGUUAUACCGAGAUGUGCAUCAAACCCCUGCCUUUUAGAUGGUUCCGUGUGGUUCAGGGGAGGCUGUCAUCACCUGAAUUCCAGGGGCCCCUGUCAAUCAGGUGUCGUCAGAGUUAAUUACGAUACUUACCAGCUCGAUUGCCUCACCUGAGAUAAAUUCACUAUCAGUAUUAAUAUCACUUAAUGAUUAGACAAAUUGUGUACGAACAAUGAAUUACACUGAUUUAUCACAA